UUGGGGUGGGGUAGGGGGAAUUGGAGGCCUUUCACUCCCUGUUCUUUGGCCCCACUUGACAGCUGCCCCUCCAUUGCAGCAGCCCCAGAGGCUCCCCCAGGCUGCUGGAGAGCAUGCAGAUCAGGACGGGGUGUAAAAGCUGAGCAUGGGGUGCCCUCUGGGGCUCAGGAGUGGGGAACUCACUCCUGCCUCAGUCUGCUUCCAAGGGAUGCCUUUGUGUCUGUGGCUAGAGUGUGCCUGUGCUGACACUGUUAUCUGUCCAGCCGGUGAGGACAUCCCCACCGUGCCUGCCAGUGGCUGUGUAUCUGCGUGUGUGCAUGUGAACACACGCAUGCCUUUGGUCUUUAAGUGUAACCAUGAAUGGGUUGGGUCAUGGUGGUCCUGGGUGAGGCUGUGCCCAAGUGGGCAUUAGGAUGUGAUUGUGGCUGGGCGUGGCUGUAUUUGUGUGGAUGGCUAUGUGACUCUGUGCACAUGUUGCUGUGCUUAGUGUCUAACUUUGGUUGUAUUAUAGGGGUGUGAGGCUGGCUAUCUGGGAGCAUCACUCGGGGGGCUUUGUCCAUAUACAGCUGUCUGUGUGUAGUUAUGUGUCUGUGUACAACUGUGUUUAGCGGGGUGUGUUCCUGUGUAAAGCUGUGUUUUUCUGUGUCCAUAUGUAAAGCUAUAGGUCUUUGCAGCUGUGUGUCCAUGAGUAUAGCUGUAUAUGUGUGGACAUGUUCACCUGUACAGCUACAUAUAUGUGUCCAUGUGUACAGCUGUGUCUGUGUAUACAGCUGUGUGUGCAGUUGUGUGUUUAUGUAUCCUGCUAUGUGUGUGGCUGUGUCAACAUGUACAGCUCUGCACGUAAGGCUGGGUGUGUGUUUGUGUGUGCAUAGCUGGGUGUGUAACUGCAUGUCCAUGUGCUGUGGCAGGACGGUGCAGCUCACUUGCUACGGGCCAUAUAAUGGCCACUUGGGCUUGCGUUGUGUUUAAAGCCCCAUGUCUUUUGUGAGGCUGCCUUGGUGAGUGGGCUGGGACUGCUGUGCAGCUCCUCUCACCUCAGAACCCUGCUACUGUCAGCCCCUCUGCUCCAGGGGCCCAGCCCAUCACUUACCUACCCCAGGGAGCAGUUGCUCUGAGACAGCGGAGAGGGUGGGAACAGCAGGAGCUGGAAGACAGCAUGUCUGUCUCUCCAGCCUUGUCUGACAGCUCUGAACCCUCAUCCUGCUGCCACCUUGCCUCACAUUAGCGAUGGAGUUUGUUUGGGUUUGAUGUCUUGGUCUGCUGUACAGCUGUGCUCUUUCCAGAGCAGUGGAGCGUCCAGUUUCUGUGUCCAGGGAAAAAGCCUGUCCUUCCUUGGUGACAACCCCCAACCCCCAACGCCAAGCCCACAUGUAGGAGCUGGGUCCCUCCUCAUCCUUUUCCUGUCUGUCCUUUCCUGGUCUAUUUACACCUCUCUUUGCCUUUGCUGCUUCUGCCCUCACCCCCUGGAGGCCCAGGUCUGCUGGACCCAUCCAUCCCCUUUGGGGCCAUGGGAUCACUGCUUGGGUUCCUGGCUCUGCUGCUGCUGUGGGGCGCUGUGGCUGAGGGCCCAGCCAAGAAGGUGCUGACCCUGGAGGGGGACCUGAUUCUGGGUGGGCUGUUUCCGGUACACCAGAAGGGCGGCCCAGCAGAGGAGUGUGGUCCUGUCAAUGAACAUCGCGGCAUCCAGCGCCUGGAGGCCAUGCUUUUUGCGCUGGAUCAUAUCAACCAUGACCCGAGCCUGCUGCCGGGCGUGCGCCUGGGUGCGCACAUACUCGACAGUUGCUCCAAGGACACACAUGCCCUGGAGCAGGCACUCGACUUCGUGCGUGCAUCACUCAGCCAUGGUGCCGAUGGCUCACGCCACGUUUGCCCCGAUGGUUCUUAUGCCACCCAUGGUGAUGCUCCCACUGCAAUCACUGGUGUCAUUGGCGGCUCCUACAGCGAUGUCUCCAUCCAGGUGGCCAACCUCCUGCGGCUAUUUCAGAUCCCUCAGAUCAGCUAUGCAUCCACCAGUGCCAAGCUGAGUGACAAGUCCCGCUAUGACUACUUUGCCCGCACGGUGCCCCCUGACUUCUUCCAAGCCAAAGCCAUGGCUGAGAUUCUCCGCUUCUUCAACUGGACCUACGUGUCCACUGUGGCAUCCGAGGGCGACUAUGGCGAGACAGGCAUCGAAGCGUUUGAGCUAGAGGCCCGUGCCCGCAACAUCUGUGUGGCCACCUCAGAGAAGGUGGGCCGUGCUAUGAGCCGCACAGCCUUCGAGGGCGUGGUGCGAGCCCUGCUGCAGAAACCCAGUGCCCGCGUGGCUGUCCUGUUCACCCGUUCUGAAGACGCCCGCGAGCUCCUCGCUGCCACCCAGCGUCUCAAUGCCAGCUUCACCUGGGUGGCCAGUGAUGGCUGGGGGGCCCUGGAGAGCGUGGUGGCAGGUAGCGAGGGUGCUGCUGAAGGUGCCAUCACCAUAGAGCUGGCUUCCUACCCCAUCAGCGACUUUGCCUCCUACUUCCAGAGCCUGGACCCGUGGAAUAACAGCCGGAACCCCUGGUUUCGCGAGUUCUGGGAGCAGAGGUUCCGCUGCAGCUUCCGGCAGAAAGACUGUGCAGCCCACUCCCUGCAGGCUGUGCCCUUUGAGCAAGAGUCCAAGAUCAUGUUUGUGGUCAAUGCGGUGUAUGCCAUGGCCCAUGCACUGCACAACAUGCAUCGCGCCCUCUGCCCCAACACCACCCGCCUCUGUGAUGCAAUGCGGCCUGUCAAUGGGCGCCGCCUCUACAAAGACUUCGUGCUCAAUGUCAAGUUCGAUGCCCCCUUCCGCCCAGCUGACACCCACAGUGAGGUCCGCUUCGACCGCUUUGGGGACGGUAUUGGUCGCUACAAUAUCUUCACCUAUCUGCGGGCAGGCAGUGGGCGCUAUCGCUACCAGAAGGUGGGCUACUGGGCAGAAGGCCUGACCCUGGACACCAGCCUCAUCCCAUGGGCCUCCCUCUCAGCCGGGCCCCUGCCCGCCUCUCGCUGCAGUGAGCCCUGCCUCCAGAAUGAGGUGAAAAGCAUGCAGCCAGGGGAGGUCUGCUGCUGGCUCUGCAUCCCCUGCCAGCCCUACGAGUACCGGCUGGAUGAGUUCACCUGUGCUGACUGUGGCCUGGGCUACUGGCCCAAUGCCAGCCUGACUGGCUGCUUUGAGCUGCCCCAGGAGUACAUCCGCUGGGGCGAUGCCUGGGCCGUGGGACCUGUCACUAUCGCCUGCCUAGGCGCCCUGGCCACCCUCUUUGUACUGGGCGUCUUCGUGCGGCACAAUGCCACCCCAGUGGUCAAGGCCUCUGGCCGGGAGCUCUGCUACAUCCUGCUGGGUGGUGUCUUCCUCUGCUACUGCAUGACCUUCGUCUUCAUUGCCAAGCCAUCCACAGUGGUGUGCACCUUACGGCGCCUCGGUUUGGGCACUGCCUUCUCCGUCUGCUACUCGGCCCUGCUCACCAAGACCAACCGCAUUGCGCGCAUCUUCGGUGGGGCCCGGGAGGGAGCCCAGCGGCCACGCUUCAUCAGCCCUGCCUCUCAGGUGGCCAUCUGUCUGGCCCUUAUCUCGGGCCAGCUGCUCAUCGUGGCUGCCUGGCUCGUGGUGGAGGCACCAGGCACGGGCAAGGAGACAGCCCCCGAGCGGCGGGAGGUAGUGACAUUGCGCUGCAACCACCGCGAUGCAAGCAUGCUGGGCUCGCUGGCCUACAAUGUGCUCCUCAUUGCGCUCUGCACACUCUAUGCCUUCAAAACCCGCAAGUGCCCUGAAAACUUCAAUGAGGCCAAGUUCAUCGGCUUCACCAUGUACACCACCUGCAUCAUCUGGCUGGCCUUCCUGCCCAUCUUCUAUGUCACCUCCAGUGACUACCGGGUGCAGACCACCACCAUGUGCGUGUCGGUCAGCCUCAGCAGCUCUGUGGUGCUCGGCUGUCUCUUCGCGCCCAAGCUGCACAUCAUCCUGUUCCAGCCACAGAAGAAUGUGGUUAGCCACCGCGCACCCACCAGCCGCUUCAGCAGUGCAGCUGCCAGAGCCAGCUCCAGCCUCGGCCAAGGGUCUGGCUCCCAGUUUGUCCCCACUGUUUGCAACGGCCGCGAGGUGGUGGACUCAACAACAUCAUCGCUUUGAGGAUCCCCACACACCUGCCCCGACACAGCUGCUCCCCAGAAGCCGGUGCAGACCCGUGUCCAGGGCCAGGAGGAAGAUGGCUGGAGCACUGCAAUAAUGCCAACCCCAUGCCCGCCCCCAACGCCACUUACCAACCUAUUCACUCCAACCCUUCAGAGUCAGAAGUCAGGGUCCUUGGUCUGGGAGCUUCUAUAACGACCACCAACUGCCCUGGCAGCUGUGUCCCCUCCUUGCCAGGCCCAGGACUUGGAAGGGAGCAAGCCAGGGUCCACUCUGCACUGGAACCGGAUGGCUGAGGACUGAAGGCCCCAAUCCCCAAUCAGCAAAGGUGCUUCCAGCCCUGCCCCUCCCUCCUUCUAGGGCCUUUUAAAAUUUUUAUAUAAGUUAUUCUGGGAUGGGGAGGGGGGUCAAAAUGGGGGCUGUCGCUCCCCCCGCACAGUAGUUUGUCCUGUGUUUUAUUUUGUAUUAUCUGUAAAU